AUGCAGCUACAUUCACUUAUUGCUUCAUCUGCCCUCUUGAUAUCGUCGGCUCUCGCUGCUACUUCCUCUACUUCCGGUACACUUUCCUCUUCCUGUACCAUAAGCUCACAUGCUACAGCCACAGCUCAAAGCGAUCUGGAUAAAUAUAGCCGCUGUGAGACACUGGUGGGGAACUUAACCAUUGGCGGUGGUUUGAAAACUGGUUCUUUGGCUACCGUCAAGGAAAUCAAGGGUUCUCUAACUAUAUUCAAUGCUACAAACCUUACUUCAUUCGCUGCCGAUUCCCUGCAGUCCAUCACAGAUUCUUUGAAUUUACAAAGUUUAACCAUCUUGACGUCUGCUUCAUUUGGGUCUUUGCAAAGCGUUGACAGUAUAAAUUUGAUUACUCUACCCGCAAUUUCAACUUUCACUUCCAACAUCAAAUCUGCUAACAACAUUUACAUUUCUGACACUGCGCUGCAAUCUGUUGAUGGGUUUUCUGUACUGAAAAAAGUUAACGUCUUCAAUGUCAAUAACAAUAAAAGAUUAACCUCGAUCAAGUCUCCUGUCGAAACAGUCACAGAUUCUUUACAGUUUUCCUUUAAUGGUAACCAAACUAAGAUUACUUUCGAUGACUUGGUUUGGGCAAACAACAUCAGCUUAACCGACGUUCAUUCUGUGUCCUUUGCUAGUUUACGAAAGAUCAACUCUUCAUUGGGUUUCAUCAACAAUUCCAUCUCUAAUUUGAACUUUACUAAGCUGAACACAAUCGGUCAAACUUUCAGUAUUGUUUCCAAUGAUUAUUUGAAGAACUUAUCCUUCUCUAAUCUGUCGACCAUCGGCGGUGCACUUGUCAUCGCUAAUAACACGGGUUUACAAAAAAUUAGUGGUCUCGACAACUUAACCGCCAUCGGCGGUACUUUGCAAGUCGUAGGUAAUUUCACUGCCUUGAAUCUAGAUUCUUUGAAAUCUAUUAAGGGUGGUGCUGAUGUUGAAUCCAAAUCAAACAAUUUCUCCUGUAACGCUUUGAAAGCGUUACAGAAGAAGGGUGGCAUCAAAGGUGAGUCUUUUGUUUGCAAGAACGGUGCCACGUCCACAUCUGUUAAACUAUCGUCCACCUCCAAACACCAAUCCAGUCAAACUUCUUCAAGGGCUUCCAAAUCAUCCUCUAAGGCUGAGGAAAAAAAUUUAUUUUCUGAUGUCAAGGCGGUUUCAGCAUCUGGCGCCUCCAGUUCUAGUUCAAAGAGUUCUACAGGUAACGCCGCUAUAGUGGCCCCAAUUGGUCAAAUCACCUCUUUUAUUGGUCUUUUGACGGUAUUCAUCAUGUCUCUGAUAUAA